AUAAUCUUAUCGCGUGCAUUUACCCUUACUAAACCAAUUUUUCUCUCUCUCUUCUUUCUUUAUUUGUCGCCCGAUUUCCAAAGUGCGCAUGAGUUUCUCCACUUCGAAAGUGAAACGAAAAAAAGUUUGUACUCUGAUAGCCGAUGAGAUGAGAGAAAAAAAAGCAUAUAUUCAGAUAGUGUGUAAUAAAAAGUACUUAAACUGAUAUCAUUGAGAAGGUCUGAAUUGAGUUGAGCGAUUUUUGCGAGUCAUUGUUUUGCUGAACCAAGUCGAGUUCGUUGCAAACGAUGACUAAUGCCAUCGGUUUUUUUUUGUGUGCAUUGCAUAUAUGAUAUGCAAUACACUUUCUUUGUUUUGUAUCCAGCAUACAAAGUUUAUGUUUUUAUUUCUUUCUUUUUUUCUCGUUUGUUACUCAUUAUUAUCAGUUGGUUAUGGGUGGUGACACCUUUUCAGAAACACACUCGCUGCAAAUGGAAAUGAUGUUCAAAACACACUUUCAUCUAAAUCGAAACCAAUUGUGGCCGUGAAAAUGGGAUUUUAUCUUUUCAAUGGUACAAUUAGUCAUGCUAAAAGUCUUGAUUUCGUUUUCAUCGUAUUCUUCUGCUGAUAACAGCAUUCGGAGUAGAGCAAACAUUGAAACACAUUUGACAAAAGCAGCGAGAAAAAAAAACCAUAUACUUAGAUAAAAGCAUAUCCAUAAAUAGAGUUGCCGGCAGUGACUGGAACAACAUGGAACUACAUAUUUGUCACUUCCAGUUGAUCGUUUGUGUGCUGCUUCUGUUGUUUUUAUUUUUGUUAUUGUACGUUGUUUUUUUUUCUCUUGUGUCUGAGCCCCGAGAAUGUUGCGAAUAAUGUCAACGAAUGUAAUCACCAGAACGGGAUGCUACGAGUAAAGCCUAUCUCGUUCAAGUAGAUACGCUUCAUUCUGUUUGCAAAACAUAUAAGCCUCUGUGUGUUUCGGGGAACACCCAGAAAAUGCGAAUAAAGAGAGUCAAGCACCAACGAAAAAAUUAAAUCGAAACAAAAAAGAGAGUAUCCUAAACAAACAUUUUGUCUCUUCAUUUGGUAAAUUACUUUAUUGCCCGGAUCUUAAUCCGGAUUAGUAGGAGAUCUCUUGAACGAAAUCGAUUGUUUAGUUUCUUUUUGAAAAUUUGCAUAAAAAAUGCACCAUUUUCGAGAUGAAAAAAAAAUGUAUGUGUUUGCUCUGCAUAAAAAAAAGAGUGCAAAACGAUCAAGAAUUUCAAGAACAAAGCGCAUAUUAUCUCAGCACAUUCACCAUAUAUCUCGGCAACGGUGGAGGUUUGCAUAUAAUGGCAUUUUACUUAGAGGACUCGAAAACAUUCCGUUCAUUUUGAUCGAUCACAGCAACAAAAAAUCAUUUGGUCAAUCAUAAAUGCCUAGAGGCUAUUUGGCAUUCUCUCUGGCCGUUUCAUUGUUUCUCACUAUUUGCGGAAAAAAUUGUUUUGAUUCUGUUCUUUUUUUUCUUCGAUUUUAAGUUAAAGAUUGCAAGUACAAUCGGUCACCGCACUGACUGUAUGUUUACAUUUGGUUGUUGUUGUUUUUUUUGUUGUUGUUCUUUGUGUUCCUCGUAUAAAAUAAAUUGUAAAAUAAUUACUAUCGAAGGAGCGAUGAAAAAAAAACCUUGAGUGAGUCGACCGCGCAGUGAGUGAUGUAGUACGUGUCCAAUAGCGUGCAUUAGCGAAACAUACGCUCGCUUAAUCAGCCACUUUCAGAGCCAAACUGAAUGAAAAAAAAAAUCAUCACCAACUACAUGUAUUGAAAAUAGAAAUGCCUGCAUGAAAUGCAGUGUCGCACAAGCGUUUCAAACGUUGCCUAUUUCAAAUCUCGUUAUCAAUUUUGAUGCUUCCAUAAUUAUAAACACCGAGUUGCUAUGCACUGCGCUGCACUCUAGCUGGCCAGGCAUGUGCAAUCACACACCAUUAGUCCACAUACAUAUAAUCUGUUCGUGAUGUAAUUUGCAUUCGAAAAUCAGCGUCGAAAAACGCGUAUCAAAUCGACCGUUUCGCUCUCACCGUGCCAAAGCAAAGACGAACAAAACGACUGCAUUCUCAAACGAAGAAACUGUACAAAUGACUAUUCGAUCGCGAUUCAUUUCAAAUAACGAUCAUUUCAAGCCUCUCAUCUUAAUUAGUUGUCAUAACUUUUUCUCUCUGUAGUUUCUUCGAAAAUUAUCGCAAAUUAUUGCGAACAAAAAACUGUCAUAUAAAUAUUUUCGAUUCGUGUGUUAUUCGGAGGCAAAAUACCGACAGUCUAGAUUAUCAACUCAAUAAUGGGAAAUAUUGGCAUUUUCAUGCCGAGCACAACUCAACAUUGUCGCUUGAGAUGUUAUUUUCCCAUGUUUUUAUUUCAAUUAGUGAUAUAUCGCACAGUGUCAUUCGUAUUUUGUUGUUUUGCUCGGUUUUUCACUGUCUGGAGGCAAUUUUAUGGGAUGCUAGUCUGCUCUCGAAUCGAUAACCUUAUUAUUCAUUGCCUUUUUUUUUUGAUAAAUUCCUCCCGAGUUGAGAGCUAAACGCAGAGCGCCGAAAGCAGAGUGAAUCGCAAGUCUCUUUUGCUCUCAAUCUCUAUGAGUAAUAUAUAUGUAUUUACUGUAGCCGAUUAACAAUCAGUGCCGUUCGUCUGGAAGCUAUACGCAUUUUGUUGCUGCUGCUAGCUCUGUGAUUAAAAUCAAUUGCGAUAACUUUGUGUACAUGUCUGCAUCGCCGUUAUCUCGACAAAUAGAACACUUCUGUCUUCUUGUCCAUAUAAUCAUCAUCGGGGUGAUAAUACGAGAGUGAAAGUCGAUAAAAUGAUGAAUUUCGUUCAACAUCGAUGGCAAAUGCGUCAAUUUUUGUUUGAAACUGUGUGGUUUUGACUCGCAGCGUCUAAAUGAUAAUCGACUGAUGGUACAAGACAAAUAGUUUCAUAAUGGCAUUUAGGUAAUGUGCAUGAACGAUCUAGAGACUCGCAUAUACCGACUGGACCGAGAUAGACAGAGAUGGAGAGAAGAAAACCUUUAAUUAGCGCUGUAACAACAUCGUUUUUACCAUUUAACGGCUUAUGAAACAUAAACAGCUGUAAUUAGCUCGGGCAAAUACAUGCAUCCGUCUUGUUGCUCCGUUGCCGUUCUUCUUGUUGCGGAUUUUUCUCUCUCUCUCUCUCUCUCUCUCUCUGUGCGAUGUUUUCAAAAGACACAGCUCAUAGUUAUAAAAUUGCAAUGCCAUAAAAACCCGAAUAUAAGGGAUAACGAAAAAAAACAAACAUUUUUUCGCAUUCGAAAAUGUUGGUGUAAAUUUCCAGUGUCGCUUCCCAUUCUUGGUCCAUUCUAGUUUUGUUAAGCGAGAAAAAAAUACAGACAGAAAAAACUACGAGAUUGAAACAAUUCCAAAUAAAAACUUAAUAUUUAGAAAUGCAAAAUAAACGACCAAGACACAAAAAAAAAACUCUCUCGAUAUUUCCGAAGAUUUGUCAACAGGCAAGUUUUAACAAAGGGAAGAAGCCGCUAAAACCGCUAUAUGCAUCCAUAUUCAUUAAAGUAGUGAUAAACAGAUAACUCAUAUAUUUGUGCCUUGGUAUUGAUCUCUCUCUCUCUCGUCUAGCUCGAAAUAUAGGCAUAUAAACACAAACAACGAAUGUAAAUGUAAAGUAGAUUCGGCUAAAUAUCGUUUCGACCGGGCACACACUGUUGCGAAUGUGACAAACCAAACACUCGCAAAAAAAAGAUACAGAACAAAACAAAAAAAGAAGAAAAACAACAGCGACGACGACGACGAUGAAAAGAAGAAUACACAAAGCAAUGGAAAAGAGAGUGCGACAGAGAGCGAGCACGCAAGCGAGAGAGAUAAUUCGUAAAUAACAACAAACAGCAACAAUAGCAAUGUGUGUAAUGUUCAGAGCUUCGCACACAAACACACACGCUCACACACAAACAACACUUAUUCUCUUACUCUCAUUUACCGAACGCAAUAUAUAUUAGCCUGGCCUGCUUGGCCAACGUAGACUUCGACGUCGUUUUCGAUAAUUAUUAUUUCUUAUUUAUGUUCUAUCGUUCCGUCGAUGAACAUGUCACCGCCAUCGUGUAUCGAGUGACAAGUUUUUUUUUUCCUUUCGACACUUCCAAAAUCGAGAACCCUGUGAAUUGAAAGAAAAAAAGUGAAAUUUCCGUGCGAUUAAUUAUAAAUUAAGAUUCUGCUAAAAAUAUUUAUUGAAGAAAAAGAAAAUUGAUUGAAUGACAAAAUCGUAUAACACGAGCCGUCGUCUGUCCACAAUCAAACACUACUGCACCGACUGCCGAAUGAUAACAGCAUUUUAAAGCGCGUAAAUACAUUUUUUUUUUUGCAUUAUCUUGUUCACCAAUGCUGCGCGACUACUCUACGGUGUUUAGUGAAAUUUUGCAUUACAAUUACUUGUCGCACGUCAAAUUCUAUAGAACCAUUCUGGUAGACCAGAAAAAAUUGCAAUCAGAGAUUUCUUUUUCGUUUGGCUAUGUGUCGACUACGUAACGCAUAAAACGUGCAAAAAAAAACAGUUUAUUUUCAAGUGUACACAAAUUUUUUCGUUUAUUUUUUCCGCGUACGGACAAGUGUGAUUUUGAGAAGCGGAAUUUUUUCAAAGCAAGAUUCUCUAAAGCAAUAAAAGACAUUUCGAGCGAAGAAAAAGCAAUCUAAUCGUUAUGAAAAAGGAACUCGUUCCUUACGAUUAUUACUACGAAUCAAGUGGUCAGUCGGCAAUGAUGGUUGCAAAUGGGCACGCUGGUUUGCAUCCAAUGCAUCAUCCCUUCAAUUUGGAAGACAACUUUUUACACAUUCUCGAGGCCGACAUCCCAGUUGCCAAUGAGCAAAACAAUGCGUCGGGUAUAUUGCAGAACAAUGGCAGCAACAACAACAACAACAAUAACAACAACUCUGUAAUCAACGCACAAUCGUUACAAACAUGUGCAAUUUGUGGUGAUCGCGCUACGGGCAAACACUAUGGUGCAUCGUCAUGUGACGGCUGCAAAGGAUUCUUCCGUCGCAGCGUUCGCAAAAAUCAAUUCUACACGUGCCGGUUUUCACGCGUCUGUGUGGUUGACAAAGACAAACGGAAUCAGUGUCGCUACUGUAGGCUACGGAAAUGUUUUAAAGCUGGAAUGAAAAAAGAAGCUGUUCAAAAUGAACGUGAUCGAAUUAGUUGUCGACGUCAGAGUAACGAUGACCCAGAUCCAGGCAAUGGAUUGGCGGUUACAUCGUUGCUCAAAGCCGAAAUGGAAAGUCGACAAUCAAAAGCCGGCUCCGUUUUGGAAAAUGAUGCUACAAACGAGGAUUUAGCGAAUAAGCAAUUCGCCAGCAUCAACGAUGUGUGCGAAUCGAUGCGACAGCAGCUUUUGAUCUUGGUCGAAUGGGCCAAACACAUUCCCGCUUUCAAUGAUCUACAAUUAGACGAUCAAGUUGCAUUGUUGCGCGCUCAUGCCGGCGAACACUUACUGUUGGGCUUGUCACGCCGAUCGAUGCACCUGAAAGACGUUCUAUUGCUGGGAAACAAUUGUAUCAUUACAAAACAUUGUCCAGACGCACAAAUUUCACCCAAUUUAGAUAUUUCACGCAUCGGUGCACGGAUCAUCGAUGAACUGGUGCGUGGCAUGAAAGAUGUAAAUAUUGACGAUUCAGAAUUAGCUUGUAUUAAGGCGUUGGUAUUCUUCGAUCCACAAGCUCGUGGCCUUAACGAACCACAACGCAUCAAAGCGCUACGCCAUCAAAUUCUCAACAACUUGGAAGAUUACGUCUCAGAUCGACAAUAUGACUCAAGAGGUCGAUUCGGUGAAAUUCUGCUGCUGUUACCGGUCUUGCAAUCGAUUACCUGGCAAAUGAUUGAACAAAUUCAAUUUGCGAAAUUCUUUGGAAUGGCUCACAUCGACACCCUACUACAAGAAAUGCUAUUAGGUGCUGAUAAUUCAUCACCAAUGACGCCGCCUAACAUCGUUGGCAGUUUUAGUCCAGCUAAUAAUAACAUGUGUGAUCAAAAUCAAGUGGCUCCAACGCAGUUGGACGGCUUAUCACAGGAUAUUCCAAUGUCACCGAUGCAACAACAAGCCCAAGUAUCGCCAUCAGCUUCACAGCAGCAACAGCAGCAGCAGGCUCCACAGCAAGCGUCUCAAAGCCAAUUAACCGAAAUGCCAAAUAUGGUGGAUACGAUCGGAGUGCCACUGCAACAAAAUAUCAUAGAUCCGUAUCGUAGAACAGGUGCGGAAAAUGCGGAAAUGUAUCGCAACAAUGUGCCGAGCAGCAAUUAUGGAAUGUCACCGGGCCUUGUGAACGGUCACCAUCAUGAGAUGCAAAUGAACAAUUUCGGUCAACCGGCCGUAACAAAUGGCUACGGCAUGAAUUUGAAGCAGGAGCCGGACGUCAAUUUUUGACUAGAUACAAUGUCACUGUGUGACGACACAAAAAGCAAUAUCAUAUGCGUCUAAUUCAAUCACGCACACACACACAAGCAAACAAACACAUACACACACAAGCAAACAAACACAUACACACAACACGUCGACAUUUUAAUUUGUACAAAUAAUUUCAUCAUUAAUUGUUCAUUUCGCGAAACGGACGCCACAAACACACAAUUUACCCUGGCGUUAUGGAUUUUUUUUCUUCUAUUUUUUCACAUUUUUACGAUAAUGAAUACGCGUUAUUUUCUCGUCAUGAACUCAAGCAAUUUAUUUGGUGCUAGCUCGUCGCCAAAUAGUAUAGGCCCCGAUUAAUGACCAAUAAUUGUAGUAAAACAAAACAUGGUGAUGACUCUUUUUAAAUUUCAUUUUAUUUUUUCUAUAGUUGACGAUGAUUUGUUCAAGCGUCAGGUUUUUUUUUCCGUUAUUUCUCUACUAGUAGUACAGAUCAAUCUACUCAUAAGUAUAUACUGAAUGGCCAAAUAAUGUCAGAUCAAUGUGCGGUUCGAUCGUGUAUCGAUGGCAAAAAAUAUAGCAGACUCAAUCAGGAACAGACAUAAGCAAUAGCUCAGCCGCAAUAGCUCAGCCGCAAUUGCAUAAGAAUUAAGCGGAAAUUUGAUAGUCGCAUAUUUCCGCUAUCGCGGAAUUAUUUCGACUUGUUUCGAGAAGGUAAAACGAGAAAUUUAAGUAGAAUUAGUCAAUUAAAAACAGAGCCCAUUUUGUCGUGUGGCCUUUUGUCUAAAUUAUGAUUAUACACAUUUUACGAAUUGUUUAAUAAUUGAUAACAAAACCGUAGAAGUAAGCUUUCCGUAGCAAUCGAAGAAGAAAUUUUCAUAGCAAUCCAUUUAGUAGGUGGUUUUGCAAUAUUUUCAACUAAGUACGAUUACGAUGCAAAUUUUAAUUGAAAAAAUUAUGUGAUGGUUUUUUUUUAAAUAGAGCUUAACGAUUAACAUGUAGAGAGAGAAUUUUGAAUAGGAGAAAUGUUAAUGAUUACCAUUUAACAUUGUUAUCGUUGAUUUGAUGUUGAUUUUUUUUUUUUAUUGCAAAGUGUCUUAAUGCCCAGAGGCAGAACAAUGACGUUGAAACUAGCAAUAGGAAUCAUUUCAAUGCACCGUGUCAAGAGACGGUGAUAGAAUUUAAAACGGUUUUUUCUAAAUGAUUUUUGUAACCAUCGUCAAAUUGAAUGGAGAUGGAUUCGAUUUGAAAAUGAUACGUUUAAUAACCAAAUAGAGAAGGAACAUAAAUGAACCCCGAAAAAUACCCAUUUUUAUUGUAAUCGAGGGAAUCUUACGUUAAAUUAUUACCGCCAAAUCAAAAUUUGCUGCUAAAUCCGCAAACACAUUUUUACAAGCAAUUUUAAUAAAUGAGGUGUUUUGAAUAAA